AUGGGUAUUUACAUCUAUGUAACUCACAACUCUGUACGUCUUUUACACCCAUCUCUCCCUAUACCUACAUCAUCACAAUCCUCCAAGUUUGUAGCGGAUGGCGUAUUUUUCGCUGAACUAAACGAGUUCUUCACCCGUGAAUUAGCCGAGGAAGGCUACUCGGGUGUUGAAGUACGUGUCACUCCCGCUCGUACAGAGAUCAUUAUCCGCGCUACGCACACUCAGGAAGUACUCGGAGAAAGGGGUAGACGAAUUCGAGAGUUGACUGCAUUGAUACAGAAGAGGUUUAAGUUCCCUGAGAACAUGGUUGAAUUGUACGCAGAAAAAGUAUUGAAUCGAGGAUUGUGCGCUAUUGCACAAUGUGAAAGUUUGCGAUACAAACUAUUAGCUGGAUUGGCAGUUAGAAGGGCUUGCUAUGGUGUACUUCGUUUUAUCAUGGAAUCAGGUGCAAAAGGCUGUGAAGUUGUUGUAUCCGGUAAACUUCGAGCCGCUCGUGCUAAAUCCAUGAAAUUUGUCGAUGGAUUCAUGAUUCACUCUGGACAGCCGAUUCGCGACUAUGUUGAUACAGCCAUUCGCCACGUUAUGUUAAGGCAGGGUGUGUUAGGGAUCAAAGUCAAGAUUAUGUUGGAUUCAGAUCCUAGUGGUAAAAUGGGUCCGAAGAACCCUCUUCCUGAUGUCGUUACAAUAAUGGAACCCAAAGAAGAAGCUCCAAUUCUCCAACCAGCUUCCGAGGACUUCACUCGUCUUCCAGAAAAUGCUUCAGUCAGUGUUCCCGUCAUUCCUCCUGCGGCUAUUCCUGAAAUAACACAAGAAUUUUCAACUACUGAUGUUAUUGCAACCGAUACUGAAACUUGGAACCCGGAGACAGAGGUUGUUGGAUGGGGGGGCACUACUGAGACUAAUACUGGUGCAGAGUCGGGAUGGUAG